UAACAUUUUUGUUCUGUGAGCUGUUGAAGAAAAUGUCUGAUGUGAUUUUUUUCUGUUUGUUCUUCUGGAGUCUGUCUGGUGUGUUUGGUUGUGAGUUUGUGUCAGUGACUGAAGGAGAUUCUGUUAUUCUGUCUAUGAAUCUGACUGAACAUCAGGGGAGAAAGGGCAUCAAGUGGAUGUUUGGACCUAAAGCAUAUCUCAUAGCUGAAAUCACCAUAGAAGACGGUAAAGUUGAGAUAUAUGAAGGAAGAGAUGACGGGAGAUUCAGAGACAGACUGAAGCUGGAUCAUACUGGAUCUCUCACCAUCACAAACACCAGAAUCACAGACUCUGGACUUUAUGAAGUGACCAACACCAGCACCAACACCAAACUCAACACAUUCAACAUUACUGUCCACGCUCGUCUGCCUGUUCCUGUCAUCACCAAUUCUUCAUCAUCAUCAGCCUCAAACUGUUCUGUGUUGUGUUCAGUGAUGAAUGUGUCACAUGUGAGUGUCUCCUGGUACAAAGGAAAGAGUUUUUUGUCCAGCAUCAGUGUGUCUGAACACAGAGACAUCAGCAGCAUCUCUCUUCAUCUGGAGUGUCUGGAUGAUUCUUACAGCUACAGUUGUGUAGUGAACAAUCCCAUCACAAACCAGACUCAACAUCUCAACACUGAUGUCUGUCACACGUGUUCAGCUCCUUCUGCAGAAUUCUACUGCUGUUGUGGUUUUACUGAAGUUGUGAUCCGAUUGGUCGUCUCUCCUCUGGUGGGCGUGGCUACUGUAGCUGUUCUGGUUUAUGACGUCAGAUCCAGAAGAGAUGAACAGAAGAAGAGAUCAGACACUCAGUUAAAUGACUGAUGGGUCUGUUAUUCAAUCAGAUUGAUAUUGUUAUACUAUUUUGUAAUGCAAUGCUUCAAACGCAUUGUAAAUAUCUCUGGAUAAAACGGCAAAAUGUUUAAAUACAGUUGUUUGAUU